ACCUGACCAUAAAGUUGUAAGGGAAACGAUUAAACGUUUGCCGUUCUUUUAUUUUCACCUAUCGCUUUAAAAUGGUUUCGCUGAUAACAGUAAAUAAUUUGAUUCAAUCAUUUUAGUUUAGUUUCGUCGGAUUUUUAUUUAAUUUUUAGUUUUAACCAAGCGAAAAUGCCUGGAAUAUCUCUGCUAUCAGUGCUGCUUUUUAUCAUGCAGAUGACGGCAUCCUCUACGGACCAAACCAUCACAGCUGAGUAUGGACAGAACGCCACUCUGACAUGUCAAGCUCCAAACAACAACACCAUUAUUAUUGUAGAGUGGAGCAGAGCUGACCUGGGGAAUGAAUAUGUGCUUGUGUACCGGGAUGGGCAGUUUCCCUCAGAUGAGCAGCAUCCAUCUUUUAAGAACCGGGUGGAUCUGCAGGACAGACAGAUGAAGGAUGGAGACGUGUCUUUGAUUCUGAACAAUGUGACGAUUAAUGACACUGGAACAUACGAGUGUCGUGUUUUCAUGGAGGAAACACAAUCAUGGGAGCACAGCAGCAUCUACCUGAGUGUUGUUGUUCCUCCAGGUCAGACAGGAGGACACACAGAGGAUGGAGGGAAGAAGGAUUUCUUUUCCCAGCUGAUACUUGGCUUAAUAGUUUCUGCCAUAUAUAUUGCUACUAUUGUUCAUGUGAUCUGCACAAUACGUAGACAGCAGCAGGACAUCGACUAACCUCAUGCUGAACAGCAACAUGCAGAAAUGUUAGAAUUUUUUUUCAAGCAGUACUCUGCUGCAGCUUUUUCAAACUCUUCGGCUGUUUGUAUGCUCACUAGGUCGCUUGUCUUGCAGGUGUGGUGUGAGGAUUGUCACAUCAAAUCCUGUGUUGUGAGCCACAAUCUUUGUGGUGUGUUGCCCGGUCAUGCAUAUCUUGAUUUUUAUAACUAGGUGCAUUGGGUUUCUAGAAAUGAGUUUAUGAUCAUAUAGGGUUUGGGGGUUGAUAAUCUUGCACAGAAGCUCAGAGAUAUACAGACAGACACACAGAGGUGUUUGAAAACUUUGUAGAGUUUGUAGAAAAACCUUUGUGGUGACACCUAUUGUUUAGAAGAAUACUGCAGCAGCAAAACUCCACUCUGCUUCCAAAAUCAUAAACUUAAAAAACACCACUGAGGCUCUCCAUUAUUUUGGCUGGGUCUCACAAACUAGAAAGCGGAGGAAGCAAGCAGCAAACAGACGACUAAACAUAACCUCACAAUGGACCUCAAUUAGCCUUUAUAAUGUUUAUAAUGAUUAAGACCAACUGCAGAGUGGGGAAAACGAGCAGUAGCAAUGAGCAAGUCCUGGAGAGAGCACAGGAAAAGAAAGCAGCACUGCUGGUAUACACCCACACAGCCCUGGAGCAUUUAGCAUCAGGGUUAGCAAACUCAGAGUUGUAAGCUAAACCUACUUCCUGGUGGGACAGUGGCCUGAUUCUAUUUAUUGUGAAUACAUCAGCAACUGUCUGUCUGUCGAAAGCAUGCUUUCUGUUCAACUUUGGCCAGUUUGGGUUCAAAUACAGUACAGCUAAAAUAAACUUUUAGAAAGUAAUGUAUUAUAUAGGAGAACCAUCAUCCAUUCCAUCAUAUUCAUAGGCCAUUCAAAGAGUAUGCAGGGAAGGAUCAAGGCUGAAAAACUGGACUGAAUGAUUCUGGUAUUUAGGCCCCCAGGCAACGCUGCGAUAAAACCAGUCCUGAUUGCAGGCUGGAAAUCACAGCAUGUUAGCAAAGAUACUGAAUGUAUAAUUUAUUUAAUAACAGUGCUAUCUGAGAAAACGAGCCACAGUGUUUACUAAUGAAGACUUGCACUGAUAAAAAAUAUGAAGAAAUAUUAGCUGCGAUUAGAGCAUAGUGGCAGCAAAUCUUGUUCUUUUAAGCAAUGUUGGUUAAUAAAGAGUUUUAAUUAAAGAUUUGAAAGGAUUGCAAGUCCUGCCAUUUAAUUUGCUGUUUUCUUUUUUGCAGCUCUAUUCGCAGUUUUUUUUGUCCAAUAAACUUUGUUCUAUGAAAUUGUCUUGCCACGCCUCUGCUUGUUAAUAACGAGUCUGUGCCUUUUGUAACUGUUAAAACUUCUCUACUGGCUAAUGUAAUCUCUCCUGGGGUGUAACUCCCUCCCCAGGUGGCGUUGUCAGUACCAAGUAGUUACCUUUACCAGUUUUCCUCCUUCACACAGCCACAGAAAGAAAAGGAACUGGAUUAGUUUCUUUAAGACGUUUUACCUCUCAUCGGAGAAGCUCUUCAGGUCUAAGAGCAAUUGGUUGAGAGUCCCAGAUUUAAGCCCUAUGAAUGUCCCUUAAGAGGGUCAUUGAUCCACUAUUAUAAUUACUAUCAUGUAGUCAUGAUUUACACUCAGAAAUUUAGUUAUUGUACAAUAAUGCCAACAUUUGGAAGAUGUAUUUCUGUUUAUUUUCUGCGUGCAGUGUUUUGGUUGUUCUUCCCUUCUCCCUGUAAGUGUUCCCAUGCUGGAGGUUGCCACACCUGUUCUGACAAAUCAUCCUACUUUGGCAAAACGUCCUACCGUAAGUAGUUUAUGCACAUUUCUGCCUUCACAGAGUAAUUCCAGCACAAAUUUAAGUAGAUAUGACAGUUUGCCACUUAAUGUUGCCCAUCAAAGUAUGCUUGUAGCUCUUAUUAACAAAGGUAGGAUGAUUUGCCACUGAAUGUUAGCUGUUAAAGUAUGCUUGUAGGUCACAUUCACAAAGGUAGGAUGGUUUGGCACUUAAUUUUACCCGUCAGAGUAUUUUUCUAGCUAAUAUUCACAAAGAUAAGAUGGUUAGCCACUUAAUUUCGUGUUGUGCAGAUGUGCAGAGAGAACGGGUAGGAUGGAUUCCCAGAACAUCGUCAUCAGCUGCAGCUGAUGGCAUCAUUAGGUGCACCCAUUUAAGAAUGUGGCUGUCAAACUCGUUAGUACAGCCAUUGAUUUAUGUGUUUUAAAAGACCUCACUAUUGUGGAUAUCCUGCUGAGCUGUGUUUGUCUGUGUCCCACCAGGAAUCAGGAGCAGAGUGCUUCUUUUUUCACGGAGGGAACUCACAGUGUGUGAAGAGGAUUUUUGGAGUUGCUGGGUUUUUUUGUUUGUUUGUUUUGUUUUUUCCAUGGACAUUUUGCACUGCGUGGGAUUCUGGAGAAGAAUCACCGCAGGAGCCACUAGUGUUGUAUAUAGUUGUAUGUUUUCACUCUCUGUAAAUAAAUUCACCAUUCAUCGUAAGAGUCCAGCGUUUGGGUCCUGUACAAAAGGGCAUGGGUUUGUGUAUGGUAUGCUCCCCUGAAUGCACUAUAGGUGUGCAUGUCCACAGCUUCAGUUCAGAG